CUCACACACACACACACACUCGCACACCCAGCUCGGAGCGGGGAGUAUAAAAGCAGCAUCCUUCCCACUCCACGGAGAAGUGCUCUCCUCUUGCUCACACUUCAUCACACCAAGCCUACUUCUCAAGAUGACUACAGGGCUGAGCGUCUGUCUGGUGCUGGCCGUCCUGUGCGCCAGCUGUCUGGGUCUCCCCUUCUCCUCCCAGCGCCGGGACCAGAAUCAGCUCUCCGUUCCCUCUCAAGCUCUCCUCAUGGACGCCCAGGACCUGGGUGAGCUUCAUCUUCGUCAUCGUCGCUCGGCUGCUCAGAUGAAGGCUCCACUGGAGGAGGACGCAGAGUCCCGGGCAAACCUCAGUGAGCUCCUGGCAAGACUUAUCGCCAACAGGAAAGGUUCCGUGCGCAGAAACUCCACAGCCAACAGCAAGAUCAGCGGACUGGCUGCCAACCACCGGAUAGCAGACAGAGAUUACAUGGGCUGGAUGGAUUUUGGACGUCGCAGCGCAGAGGAGUACGAAUACUCUUUGUAAUGGUUCAUCCAUAAUCCUACGUGAGCAGAAGAUGGCCCCUCACUGUCUCUCAAGAAGAGUAUAUUUAUGAUGAAUCUGUUGUACAUUUGUUUGUAAGACUGUAAUAUUGCAAUAUAUACGCCAAAUUUUGCAGAAACGCACUCACUGUCCAUAUUUGAUUUUAUCUUUUCUUCUUCUGGUUUUCUGCUGUUUGUUUAUCAUCCGGGGAGGAAAGGGAAAGUUCAUGGUGUCAGGGCGUGUGUACUGGACUCAAUAAAGACUGAAAAUACCAGUCUGUCUGCAUGAUUCUCUUGCUUGGUUCAUUUUAGGGGUUAAAUAAAAACCCCACUGUAUAUCGGAAUUUCUCGUAGACAGAAAUGAAAUGGCCAAAACUGAAAACCAUAAAUGAGGUAUCCAAGGCUGAAUAUUGACAGAACUAUCUUCACACUCAUCAGUAUCAUUGUGUAUAUGGCUGGGAUUGUGUGCUUAACUCACAGAAAUCAAUGCACUGCAGAGACACAAAGUGGCAUCCAGGUUUUAAAUAAUAUAUCGAUAACAAAAUUAGGAAAAUAUUUAUGUGGCACUGACACUUCAAUUCAAAACAAAAUGUUUUGUUGUCAAACUUGAACCCACUCAUGAAUGAUCGACCAGCUUUACUUCUAGGAUUACAACAACAAAGACCGAUCUCAGGGACACGAGUGUUGACAGGCUCUAAAAAGAGCGCGGUCCGCUGCAGUUGAAGGGACAACGUCUGAGGCAGACACAGCGGGGCUGCUCUCUGCGGCUGGCGGCUCCAAGAGGGGAAAAAGAGAGAUAAUGUUUGCCAGAAAAGCCCCAAUAAAUCAGAUUUUGGCAUAAAUGUAUUAUUUUCUGUGAUGGUAGGUUUCAUAUUGAACAGUUCUAAAUCAAAGAGUCUGUCUCUAUGUCUGAACCUCUAGACAACGUAACUUUCUCUGGGGGACAAUGGGCGUGUCUUGAGAGUGACGCCACAGCCACCCAUGUGACCACUAGACAAGUUUACAGCAGCGAAGCAAACUCAGCGGCGAUCAUUCACUGAUCAUUCACUGAGGGAAAAACAGCAACUGACCAAAUAGGCUCUAUUUGAUGUCGUUCGUGGACUUUUAUUUUGAAGGGUGGCGGUCUGCGUCAUGACAAAAGUUCAGCAGUUUGCUCUCUUCCUUACUGGACUCUGUCAGUGCAAGGUGCAAGACACAGCUCUACUGAAAAUGCUUGUUUUAAUAUCUAAAUCAGUCAUUUUCAGCAAAGACCAGUUAUUUCCUGAUAAUAUAAGCACCAUGAACUUUCUUUUUUGGCACGAACAGUUUCACAAUCUUUCAUUGAGUCAUUGUUAGGUUUGUGAUAAGCAUGCUGACCAUCUAACUGUGUCUGUGUAUUUAGAUAUGUAGGUCUGCAGUUCUUGUGUUGUGAGUCAGGACCCAAACCCAGUGUGACUUUGUCUUUUGUGUUUUUUGCAGAUUAGUUGAUUAAUGAAAGGGCCUGUGUGUAUUGUACCACUGAGUUUUUGUGAAUGUAUUUUUUGUAAUAGAUCACUGUGAGUUUUAUAAUAUGCUAUAAGGUUAUUGUAGUACACUUUAUGAUCACUAGUUCUUCAGUUCGCUCUCUUUCUCGCUGGGCUCUGUCAGCUGGUCAGCAGUGGUUGUGUUGAGUUGAGAUCCCAGCCCAGAGUGACUUUGUCUAUUCUAUUGUCCAGUAAAGAAAUCUGAAAUUUGUGGACACAUUCUGUUGAGAACAUUGUAGUGAGUAUUGAGUAAAAGGGUUAUAUAUGCACCUUACUGAAACACGCCGAGUCAUGAUGUAAUAAAGUUGAAAACGCUG